AUGAGAGCUACGUUGGUUUUCAGCUCUGAUGCCUCCAUACGAAGCAAUAGCCGUGUAGUUUUGAAUUCUCAGGCUUCGACAGGGAAACGGCGCCCGGAAUUUUCGAGGAUCGCCGAAAGUGGCAUUGCGAAAGCCUUAUUCAAGUCGCGCAAUCUAGCGAGACAGGCGUCCGGAUUUGUUUCAGCAGUUCAAAGCUUGUAA